AUGGCGACGUGCACACCGAAAGCAGCUUCUACAGCCGUGUACGGACAACAACCAAUAUUUUGCGUCAUCACCGGUGCCAGCCGUGGGAUUGGACGACAUCUGGCCAUCGGUACUGCCAAGAUUCUUUCCCGCAAUACAUCUAGGCGCAAAUCGCGAUUGGUGAUAGUGGCUCGAAGUCUAGAGAAACUACAGGAAACGAAGUCUCUAAUACGAGACCAAUACGGCGACCGUAUCGAAGUAUCGCUAGUGUCACGUGACUUAUCAGACGUAAGUGGUUUACAGUCGACAUGGGACGCGAUCAUCAGUGAAGCCAGCGCCGAGAAUUACUCUGAUGCUAUCCUUGUUAACAACGUUGCCGAUUUGACGGGAGACAUAGGACGUAUGGCCGGACAACACACAGACGCCUCUCUCAUUCAGAAAGCUCUUAAUUUAAACUUUACGGGGUACGUCUUAUUUAUCAGUUAUUUCAUGCAGUAUUUCAAGACAUCAUGCCAAUGUACAGUGGUGAAUUUGACGUCAUUGUUAGGUCGGCUUACAACGAAUGUGAUUUCGCUUUAUUCGUCCAUCCAAGCAGCGAGGGAGCAAUAUAUACGUAACUUAGUCAACUCUGACUUUGAAACCCGAGCUUUCAGCCUCGAUCCAGGAAUGGUAGAUACAGAUAUGUUGGCAACAGGCACGGAGUCAUUUACAGAACACUUCCCAUCUAUAGCAAAGGUUCACGGGGAUAUUAAAUCAAAGGGUUGUCUGACGUCACCGGAAACUGUCGUCAACGUCUUUCUGGACUGCUUGGAGAAUCCGGAUCAUUACAAGAAUGGCGAGAUCGUGAUAGCAGAUGAACCAAUGGUUAGAUACCAGGUUGCAAUUGGGGCAACUGACGAUGAUUAA